AUGAGAGUGGUCAAAUUGUUACUUCUUCUUGGAGUUUUAAAGAAUGUAGGAUCAGUAUUAGUGCCAGAGUUGAAGUCAUGGUCAGAGGAUCGCUAUAUCCAAUGUGUUCACUGCAUGGACUACGAUCGGAGCCACAUUUCACUAUUUGGAUGCAAACCUAGACGCCCAAUUCUUUGCAACGGAAACGCUUGCUUUAUGAGAUUUCACAAAGAAUUCGAGCGACCGUCUGUUAUGUACACCAGUGGAUGUUUAAAUUUGACUCUAGCUGAGAUGGAAACAAUUGCACAUGCUCAGAAACAUUCGAAUGAAACUGGGAACAAAAAUGGAUCACUUCUCUGCGAGAUAGCUGAAAAAUCAGACACCUGCAUCUGCUCUAAUAUGGACAAGUGCAAUUUCAUCAAUCUGUCUCCAGAUUUUAGCGAGUACAAUAGAACACCUAUUCUGAAAAAUGUGAAAAUCGAUGAAAUCAAUCAUAUGAAGAUGUUUCUACCACACGAAUACCGACGACUUACCACCUACAGACAGUACCAGCAACAAAGCACCAUUCGAGUCUCCCACUUUUGGCUAAUCCCAAUGUUCGCAUUUCCAAUCAUAACUUUUUUCAACCGUUGA